AUGGCUCCCAGAUUACGCAGCGCGCUUGCAAAGAGCCUGUCGCGUCCACUGGAUAGCAGCGCUGUCUUUUACUGCCCCUCGUGCGCGAUCUGGCGACGUACCUUGUCUACGCGCGCCAACACCAGUCGCAGCAUCGAAGCCAACACAUCUCGACGGAUCGCUAGACCCCAAAACACAAUCACAGCCUCGGAUUCCCGGACGUUUACCACCUCCUCCAUUAUCACUGCGAAGAGCGUGCCACCGCGGUUCAAGGAGCUACACGCCGCCCUCGAGGGAGUAAAGGAUGCCGCUCUCGAACAAGUGAACCUCAGUCGGCUACAAUUUGCACUGCGGGGAUUGGAGUCUGAAACGCCUCUCGUUAGAGUAGCUGAUCUCCCCCCUCAAAGAACGUAUGGCACUGAUUUCUUCUCGAUUUGGACUCCAGUUCUUGGAUUGAACGAUGCCAUCUCUGCACGCAAACUUGUUCGGCUACUACUUGCCGACCCAUUGUUGCCGCGAGAAGGCUGGGAAGAUAUCCUAGACUCAUAUGAUGCCGAUUCAUCCCGAGGACUACUGAUCAGAUAUGGCGAAAUCUCACAAUCCAUCCCCAAUGACUUGCUACCGACAAUAUCAGUGCCAUCGCCCAUCCUGAGGAAAGGCAACUUGGAGAUCCUAGUCAGCACCCUAGGAUCUGAGCCUGACAACCAUGCCGCUACGUUCCACGCCGACACCUUCCUCGUCCCCACCGUUACCAUCCAGACCUCGCACUCCGGUCGGCAUAAUUUUGUUCGGUAUCCCGUGCACCGCACGCUCGUAUGCGGGCGUGGAGUUGAUGGCCUGUUGUCUUACAGUACCAUGAUUGGUCGUUCAGACCUGAAGAACGAGGCCUCUUCAGUGCGCGGAGCCAUUGAACUUGCAGUGGCGGACCAGAAAUCCACAAAUGAGCGACUAUCCCUGGUAGAUAUCGACCGUGCCAGCACUGCCCUCGAUAAAUUCCGUGAGUCCGUGCACAACGCUUCCGACUACGAACGUGGGUGGAAUGGCAGUGGCGUGCAACCUCUCAUCGAUUGGUUUGCGACCUUCUCGGAAGCAUCCAGUGGGAACGCAUUGAAUCCAGCAUUGGUCCCUCUGGUGGAGUCCCUUAUUGACACAGCCGACGCUAGUGUGAUCGCUAGAGACGCCAAGGCACUCAAUGACCAAACCGCUGGCGUAACCCCUGAAGAGACUCGCUCCACCUUGGACCGGGCUGUGACUAGCUGGGCAGAGCGUGCUCACUCUGAGCUCCGCAGUUCCCUCGAUGCAGGGCUCGCCAGUCCACGCUGGCGCGGUCUUGCAUGGUGGAAACUCUUCUGGCGUGUUGACGAUGUGAGCAUGAUUACAUCUGAGAUCUUGGAACGGAAAUUCCUUCGCCGGGCGGAGAAGGAGGUCAUCUGGACUGUGGGCAAGUACCAGCAGGCCGGCCUGUUGGAAGAGGCUUCGUCUUCAAGCCCCGACCCCGCGAAGGACUCUGCCAUGCCUCCUUGGCCAACCCAGAUCCCCGACCUUCGUACCAAGCUCCUCACCGCCACAGUGCCAUCCCUCCAAGCCCUUGCCCAGAGUCUGGUGCUUUUCAGCGUGUCCACUACAACUCUGACUUCUGCUCUCUCUGCUCUAACGUAUGUGGCUAUUCCUUCGGCUGGAGUGUAUGAGUCAUGUACCCUUGGUGCCGUGGGUUUGAUUUACUCCAUGCGUCGCCAGCAGAAGAGGUGGGAUGCCGCCCGCACUUUCUGGGAGGAGGAGGUCCGCGAGGAAGGACGCACAUCGCUGAUAGAAACUGAGGCUGCCCUUCGUGGUAUUGUGCGGGAUGGCGGCAAGACUAUGGAGGAUUUGUCUGACACUCGUGCACGAAAGUGCGUUGCAAGAGCGCGAAAGGCUUUAGAGGACGUGAAGGUUUAA